GCGUACAGCCGCGAACAGUUCGCCAGUCUACCUGGUUCGUGCGCGUACCAUUAAUCAACCAGAUAGCCAGGAACGAUAGUACCGGUGCAACCGUAUGCAGCGGCUGGGCGGUAUGCGAGGCUGUUCGCAAGUUCAAAUAAUAGGAAGAUCGAGUGAAGAGCGUUUGACGUAUAAGUAGAAACCGGUAGCGCCAUCUUCGGGCCCCGAAAGAUCUAGCGAUCGUGGGACUCGAACAAAAAUAGUGAAGAUUCGUGAAUUUUUGCUGAUGAGGCAAGGAAGAUUGCGGGAGACGACGGAGUGCGUGGCUGACGGGGCCUGUCGGCCGCGCCUCUGGAUUCCAACGCACUCGUCGGGCCCAUUCUAUUUCUCGGAGCGUCGGUGAGCACGGUUCAGAGUGUGUCGGGCCUCAGAAUACACGUGGAGGUAAGGGGCGACCAGGAGAACGUGGACGCCACUGGUGGUUGCCGCAUACCUGAGGACCUGGCCUGAACGAGCAGAAGAGAGGGCAAGAGGAAGGUGGGAGCCGUUGGAAAAGGUUGCGCGGUUGAACAAGGAGAGAGAGGCGAUCGUCGAAGAAGAAAAAGAAAGAACGGGGAACAGGCGAAGCGGGGGCAGGUAGAAAAGAGGAAAGAGGUACGACCGGCAGGUAGCCAGUUGGUGGGAGAAGCCGUCAGAAGGCGGCCAUAAUGGCCUGACGCCGAUCUCGAGGCGAUCGGCGGCUACAGCUGCUGCGAAAUAACCGAGAGCGACUCUCCUCGGCGCACGCGUACACAUAUUUUGCAACUGCUCAGCGUCCUUUUGGAAAGUGACUGCGUAAUCGCGAGUGGAGUGCGUUACCGGGUGGAGUUGCUCCUCCGUGUGCCGCCGGCAAGCUUGAAUGGUGUUCGAUUUCGCAAUUUCAAUUGCCACCGCGCGUGUCCAGUAUACAUCCAGUGAGUCUCCUUCGUGUUCCGUGUGCCACGCUCAUGGAUUCUGUUUCUCGCAUCGGCUUCCAUCUCUGACUGUUCACCGGGGUGUAGAGGACUUCUUCGGUUUCGGAUAAAAGAUAGUUCAGACAAGAUGAGAGGUGCCAAUCAGGACACCGCGACGCCGUACUGUCGCUGCAGGGUCCUCUACCUGGGUAGCUCCGUGCCCCACGCCAGUAAAGAAGGUCUACUAGGCGUCCAAGAACCUUUGAGAGAGCUGUAUCCGGAACAGGGUGCUCUAGGAGCACGUGGAAUCGAUUCCUGGCUCAGCGUUUGGAGCAAUGGCCUGUUAUUGGAGAACGUCGAUGAACACCGGAAGAAGGUCACCAGGUUCUUUCCUAUCGAAUCCUUGCACUACUGUGCAGCGGUGAGACACGUCAAAGGCGGAAGCGGGGAUUCAUCCAACACCAGGUUCCUCCCUCUGGAUUCUCCGUUCGCGAGAACACCCAGUGCCAACCACCCGCCGCUGUUCGCCGCGGUGCUCCGACGGACGACGGGAAUCAAGGUUCUCGAGUGUCACGCGUUCAUAUGCAAACGCGACAUGGCGGCCAACGCCCUGGUCAGGUGUUGCUUCCACGCGUACGCUGACAGUAGCUACGCGAAAGGCUUGGACCCGUCCAGCGCGACCACCAACGGGGUCACUACUGGCCACCUUUCGAGCAACAGCCUCUAUCACACUCUGGGCGGGUCCAGCACGACCUUGGACAGCCCGCAGGCGACCCGGCUGGACGCCACGUCGACGGACGACAUCAGCUUGUACAACGGGAACGAGAAUCACAAGGUCUGGGCCAGGGGUCGCGACGAAGUAGACGCUUUGUAUCAAGAGCAGGGCACCCUGAGGAGCACCAAGGGUUCCAGGCCGCGCCAACUGAUCGCUCCGCCACCUCCUCCGCCGCCACCGCCACCGCCGUCCCAACCCCUGCUCCUGGAGGAAUCCUCUUCGUCUUCCGUUCGCAGGAAGGCCAACAAGAAAUUGAAGAAACUGAAGAAUCGUAAUCACGAAGAUCCUCUUCAGCACGCGCAUCCACAAUUGGGAAUGUACACGAACGGUCAUGGUCAUCAUACUCUGGGGCACCCUGUCAGGCAGCAGCAUUACCAUCCUCAUCCUUUGCCACCCAGCAGCCGAUCGGUGGCGGGAACUUUGGCCAGACCAGCGCCAGUUCUGUUGGUCCCCGCUGCUACCUUACCCAGGAAAGCUCACCAUCAUUCCAAGGGACUGAGAGCGAUUCCUGCAGCCGCUCCCAUCGUUCCGAUGUACGCUCCGCUUCCGGUCGUUCCUCCGCCACCGGCUGCCGCGAUUUACCCAGCAGGAACUUACGGGACCGCGGGAAACAGAGGCAGGAGACAGCAUCUCGAGGAUUCUUCGACCCUCGGAGCCUCCAGGAGGCUCGCGGCGUCUCACGCGGAUUUGACCACCGCGGAGAUGAACAGAAACGGCGACAGUCCCGAGAACGAGUCCCGUUUCGGCACUGGGAUCUACCGACGGAAGGGACACCUCAACGAGAGAGCGUUCUCUUACAGUAUCAGAGCCGAGCACCGUAGCAGAAGUCACGGAAGUCUCGCGUCUCUGGGAUUCAGCGCGCAGAACGGAAACGCGUUGCCCAAGGAAGAGAAGAAGGACAGGGAGAUAGCUCAGUUGGUGGCUGGAUUGAGCUUAGACGAGAAUCCGGAUAGGACGCAGCUUCCCGUUAAUCCCAGAAGCGGCUACUCGCAUCAUCCGCAGCAGAUUCAACCCCUGCCUAGGCCCAGACCUCGUUAGAACCCCGGUUCGCGUUCAAUGACUCGCUACUGGUGCGUUCAACUCUCAAGAAUUAUUGACUGUGCGCGGGACCGAUCGUUCUUCAAUACCCUUUACACUUUAUUCCGAUCUUGAUUAACGAAGAUGACUCAACGAGCAUGAUUCGGUAGAAUUAUCGUGAAUUGGUUUGUAAACGAACUGUGGACGAUGUGAACUGAUAUCGUUGUCGUGUUUUACCGAGCUCCGAAAUGGAACUAUUAAUUAGGUCGCUCGUUAGAGUAAAAGGGUCUGCUGGCCGUGUUCGCGUCAGCGUGGAAAAUCGUGAUGGGUGGUCGAGGCGAGUGUCCAGGCAACUGGUUCGAGCUCUCCCGGCUUUCGAUUCCCGGAAGAGCCGAGCCCGAGUAGGAAAAUUACGGAUCCGGCAAAAAGCUGAACGACACCCCUCUACUCCUCUUCUUCUUAGCCUACAGGUUUCUACCUGUGACCUCGAUCGUCUUAUCUCGAGAGUCGAUCGUCGUUCGAAUUAAGGAAUGCGUUAGAAAAACGCCUCGAGUAAGAUCGAUCUUCGGGCAGAAAGCCUUUCUUUCGACUUCUCUCUUUUCGUUUAACUUCUCACUUCCUGGUGGUAAUUGCCACAGUGACAAAAAUCGCUUCCUGUCGCAAACAGACUAAUUGGAGUGGAAUCAUCGUCGCUUGAAGAUCCGUUCUGUUGGUUGAAGCUCGUCACACGUCGACCACGCUACCUCGUGAUAUUUCCUCUGAGAAAACGAGUCGGUAGCUUUGACGAGUAUUCAUUUCGCGGAAGCGAAUCCCGCGAAUCUUUUACGUUAGAAAAUCGCCGAUUCAAUUUAGAAACAAUUGAAGAAUCGUUUGCUUCGGAACAAAUUUGGUUGAAACUGCUCGAUUGUUUCCACCGGGCAAAAAUCUUGCUAACUUUUAUGGUAGCUAUCAAAGAACUGUAUCAACGACUUAUCCCCCCUGGAAAAGGUAGCGCGACGAUUUAAACCAACGUUUCAUUCGCCCGUGAGAACGCGAACGCUAAUCUUAAUUGCGUGGGAAAAAAUUAUGCGAGGGGAAACGAGCGAGGGUUUCAAGCAUUUCUCGGAGCAAAAAUUUACUCCGCUUUUUUCGGUUAAUAAAUCUGGUACGACAUAAAAUAAAUGUUAUAAAUACAAUUUUCAUGAUAAAUAUUUUGUGAUUAAUUUCAAUCUCGGGUGUUAUUACUCAUUCUUAUAAAACGCGUGAUUAGACACGGUAUUCUUUUUACAGCCGAUCGUUUACCACUUCAUGGAAUGUUUGCAACGCGGGGAAAUGGUAUUGCCGUUUUUCCACGGGAAAAUUAACGACUAUUUAAUAACCGAGGAGACACGGAGUUACUCAAGUCACUCGCAUAAUCGCGUGUACAAGAGAUUGCGCGCAUGAGAACAAAAUCUGGAAAGUCGUAGAUGCAAUCUCGCCCCGGUUGGCAAUAGAUGUUCCGCACAAUUAGCUUGAUCGUAAUUAGGAGUUUAAUGACGGAGAAAAAUCUGUGAGAUUGUUGCUUUGACAGUAGCCAAGAAUGCGAUGUGUAAAUAUAAUAUAAUUUUACUCCAGUUCUGACGACAGCGUGAAUAAUUAAACGAACGGAUUCAUUCUUCGCGUAUUGCAUUAUUUAAAUACUGUAAUUAUUUACUCUUUCGCUCGUGCCAGUAAUCGUUGGAGGAAUUCGAAGGUUAAUUAAGGCCGGAUGGAAAAAAAAAGCUGAAAUUUUUACGAUUCAAUCGUAUGACGUGUGUUCGCGCUCGCAGGCGGUCGAGUCGUGCGCGUUACGAAACUGGUUAUACAGACGCCUCGCGUGCACUCACACUAUCGCCUCGUAUGCAUAUACAAUUAGGCUUGAUUACUAUCGAUUCGUGGAUGUCAACCGGUUACACUCGUCGCGUCGAGCUACAUUUCGUCAUUCAAUAUAAAUUUUUCCCUGACAUCCUCCGAUAGAACAAAGAAUUUGCAUUCGGAAUGCAAACUAUUUUUACUCGUUCUCGUUCCAUGUUAAUAAACUCAAGUAUGCAACUGUUUCUCUCGAGAAAACUGAUUUACUUUCAGUUCUUUGCGACGAAAGUGUCUACCAAUUAAAACGUCGAAGGAUUUUUUAAUUGAAAUAUUUUCUUAAAGAUUUGAUAGAUAUAAAAAUAACAGUCGUGGCAUUUCUCAUCGCGUGAUUAUGGUCGAGGGGAAAAAGGAGCAUAAAUGCGGUUGAUGAUUGCACGUAUGCGAAUGAACGUCGAGCGAGCGUUCCUUUUCGCUGUCUGCUUCAUCGAUCGCAUUGAUCGAGCAGGUGAAAAGUGUCGCUUCUGUUUCGCAACGAGUUUCACCACGAUACGUAACGUACAUUAAAAAAAAAGAAUCAUGUAGAGAUCGGCAGAGACCCAAAUUACAAUUAUUAACAAUUUUAACGUGUAACGCGAAGGAGUUGAUGCACCAGGAAUUUCCGAGUUGAAAUCAUAGAAUCUCUAACGAAAUUAGCAGUCGCAGUUGAUUAAGGUUUUGUUUAACAGACAAUGGCGAACGGAAACUUGCACGUAGACCGCACAAUCGGUUUUCGUAAGCGGCGUUCGCGGUCAGAGGAGUUUAUGAAACGGCGACCCACUGACACUCUGUCGGACAACGAAAUUGAACCGAGUUGCGAAACGCGACAAAAAUUCUUUUCACUCUUUCUCGCGAAACCGAUUGUCCUCCAAGGGAACCUGGUAACGACAUCAUUGUUACGACCUAAUCACGGUAUCGUUUCACCGAUCAGCUCACGUAACUACGAGCAAUUUCAAU